AUGGGAAAUGUUUUGUCGGCACAGAUACCUAAUCAGAUAUUGGGUGUAGAAGCAUAUCUUUCAGAUAUUAACGAUGUGAAAUAUGUCGGAAGCCUGGGAAGCACUCGAUUUAUGAAAGUAGCUCGAGUGGAUCAUGCAGAAGGUCCAUCAGUUCUGAAAGUUUUUCUCCUUCAAGAUCCAUCAUUUUCGAUCGAUCUCUACCGUGAUCAGGUUAUUCAAAUUCGCGAUCUACUGGGCAAUGCGUACAAUUGUUGUCCUUUCAGACGAGUAUAUGUCACAUCACGUUGUGUUAUUUUGUCUCGGCCAUUCCAGAAAUACACUCUUUAUGAUCGUAUAAGCACGUAUCCAUUUCUUACAGAUAUCGAGAAAAGAUGGAUUGCUUUUCAUCUCUUCAAGGCACUUGCUCAAUGUGAAUAUGCCGAAGUAUGUCACGGAGAUCUAAAAACUCAAAAUGUCCUUGUUUCAAGUUUCAAUUGGGUACAAAUAACCGAUUUUGCAUCGUUCAAGCCUACUAAUAUUCCAUCGGAUGAUCCAUCAUAUUUCACCUUCUUUUUCGAUACUAGUCGACGAUUAAGCUGUUAUUUGGCACCAGAAAGAUUUUGUACCAGUCAGGAGCUGAAUUUACAUCCAAAUCUUCCGGGUGAAUUUAUGGAUGUCUCCAAAGGCCUUACACACGCUAUGGAUAUUUUUUCUCUUGGCUGUGUACUUGUUGAGUUGUUUACGGAGGGCCAGUGUCCAUUUACUUACGAAUUACUCGUUAAAUACAAACACGCAUCUGACGCAGAGGCACAACUGAUGAUUCAGCAAAUUCAAGAACAAUUGCCUGAUGAAUUGCGCAGUAUGAUUGGUUUAAUGCUUCAUCGAAAUCCUGCAAAAAGGCCAAAAGCAUCAGUACUGAUACGGAAAUAUUCCCCAUUGUUAUUCCCACCAAUAUUCGAUCAUUUCCUGUAUGAUUAUAUAAAUGCCUUUCGACCAAAAUAUUUGCAAACAAGUGUAUCGCUCGAAGAGACGCAAACUUCAGAAUCAGUAGAUCCGGAUGAUAUGAUUACAAAAUUAUCAUUGGAUAUGCAAUCAACUGUAGGGAAAUUAUCAGAGAAGGCUGAAAUUAAUGGAAAACCGUUCGAUCAAUUACCUGCCGUUUUACUUAUUCUUGCAUUGGUCACUUCAAAUAUGCGCGCACUUAAAUCAUUAACCAUAAAAUUUGAAGCGAUGAAAUUAUUGCAUAGGUACGUGCCAUGGGUAGAUAUACUGACUGUUGCGGAUCGCAUAUUACCAUACUUGGUUGAAAUGAUGUUCGACUGCGUGGUCCAGGUUAGAUGUGAAGCCAUCUAUUCAGUUACUUCACUAUUAACAUCAUUCAAAGAAAUACCACGUUAUGAGACUCGAUUAUUUAUCGAUUACCUAUUUCCAAGACUUAAAUUUGUCUCGCUGGAUCCAAAUUGCAGGGUGCGAAUAACUUUGGCACAGAAUCUAGGUGAUUUAGCCGAAGUUUCUUUCAGAUUUAUCCGUGAACGACUGAAAAAUUUGACGGAUGAUUUAUUGGAUGGAUCGAUGAUUACCGAAAUGGACAGAGGCGAACGUGAAAAACGGUUUGCAAGGCAAGAAACGAGAGCUCUUCAACAGACUGUUGUUGACAUUUUUGUCAAUUUAUGUGACUCCAACAGCAUUGUGAAGCAUAGCGUUGUCACCCCGCAGUCGUUGGUGAAGUUGUGUCAUUUUUUUGAUCGUCGGAAAGCAACGGAUGUCCUGCUGUCGCAUUUGAUUACAUUUUUGAAUGACAAAGUCGACUGGCGUCUUCGAGGAUCGUUUUUUGAAUGCUGUCCAGUCAUUGCUCAUUUUGUUGGUCGUCACGGUACUUAUAUUUUGAAAGCACUUCUUCAGCAGGGUUUACAUGAUUACGAGGAAUUUGUGCAGUUACGCACAUUACAUUGUAUAUGCCAAUUAUGUGAAAAAGAUUUACUUGGGAAAUCUGCUAUUUACGAAUUACUAAAUGAUAUCGUUCCAUUUUUGGCUCAUCCGAAUGAAUAUCUACGAAUGGCAACGUUGAAUAUUUUGAGUACACUUGAUGCAAAAUUUACUAUAGCAGACAUUUUAUGUAAAGUAAUGCCAGCGGUAGAACCUUUCGUAAAGGAAAAGCUAAUAAAACUACGGAACAAGUUUGUAGUUAGCUCAUCGCUAAAGCCGCAUAUUCCACGUCAGAUUUGGAAUUACGUGGUGAAUGCCUCACCCGUCAAGUCACUGCUCGAUUACAUGGCAGAUAAACAAAUAUAUCUAGCUUUGGAUAAUGGAUCAGAUUCGUUGUUUGCAGUUAGCAGAAAAUAUCAGCCAAUUUCGGUGCAGUUGGAAUCUUACUUAAAACAUUUGGAAAAUUUGGGCUUAGAUCAUAAUAUGGAAGAUAAAUUAGUUCGUUUCGAGGAUACGAUAACUAAAAUGGUUGAUUUUCGUACCAGCUUGGGUGCUGCUAGCAUUAAUCUGAACCUUGGUGUCAUCGAUUUGACAGAAACGAAUGUCAAAUUGCAUGUUUUCGACCUUAGUAGUGAUCCGAAAACAGCGUGUGUUAAGACAAUUAGUGCAAAUGGCCAAUAUCCUACGGAAUGGCGAAAUAUUUAUGACGAUGUUAGUACGUUUGCACCAAAUUUUGGUGGAACUUCAGGAUCUUUUCUUGCUUCAGAUGUACGAGAAUUGUCCGAAUAUGCUUUAUCAACAUCGGGUUUUUCACAUCUUGGGACUGAUCAUAAUUUUGCUGUACGUUCAUCGGCUUGUAAAAUAAUGCUAUCAGAGCUAUUAACUCACAAAAGAGAACGUUACGCAAAGCGUCAAAGACUUCAUCCGAUCAUAUAUUCCGGAAGUUCUUCCGCUAAUUCUAAUUCAUCUUUACCGUUACCAUCUAUACGUCUUGGUAGCAAUUUAGUUUCCCACCUGCAUGAACAUAAAGCGGCAAUUACUAAAUUAGCACAAAGUCCAAACGGCUGCUAUUUUGCAAGCUCUGGUGCUGAUGGACUUGUCAAACUAUGGUCGUUGAAUCGUAUACAGGGAGAUCUGAGUAUGACUGUACGGGCUGAUGCUACUUUUACUUAUGGUGGUCGGGAAAUUAAUUCGGUGCAAUUUUUGGGACGAACAGGGUCGCACCUAGCUAUUGCAAGUGAAGACUGUCGUAUUAGCGUUAUCGAUGCUGAACGGAUGCAGCUUUUAACAAAGAUUAGUUUCGAUAAGGAAGGAGAAGGUCCGCCAGUUGAUAUUAUCGCCGUUGAUAAUCUUCUCUAUGUUUUAACCCAUCACAGCAACAUUUUCUGUCUUGAUUGCAGGAUACCAACGUAUGAGAGAGCAGUUUUGGGCUGUAAGCCCAAAGUAGUUUGGCGACAUCGAAUCAAAAAUGAAUAUGGUUUGAUAACAUCAUUUUGUAUCGAUCCAGUAAGCCAAAAUUGGAUGUGUCUUACGUCAACCAGUCGUUAUAUCAUUCUGUGGGAUCUAAGGUUUGGAGUUGAAGUAAAUAGUUGGCCACAUCCCAACGAUGCAUGCCGAAUGCUACGUUGUUGGCCGGCAUAUCCGACAGUGAAUGAACAUACUAGUAGUUCAUGUGCAGAAAUUUGGACAGCAUCAUCAUGCGCAUUCGAACUAAGUCGUUGGAAACUAGAAACAGCGCAAAGGACACAUGUUAUAUGGUCUUCCUCCAAAAAGCCUCUCCAGUAUUCUUCAAAAGAUAAGCAUGUCACUGCUGCAUUGGCUAUUUGUCCAUUAACGGGUCGUAUUUUCACAGGUGAUAGUUUGGGUACCAUACGAUCAUAUAAUUUGUCAGAUCCAAACGAAUGUUUUUAUCUUUCUGGGUCACUUCGGCGAACCACUGAAGCCGUUUCUUCAUCGUUAUCUGAACAUUUCGCUUCCAUCCGUUAUAGUAAAUCUGUAAUCGAUACAGUAGAAGUUUUGAGUGAAACAAUUACUGGUAGGACUGCCGAACCACUUUAUGCUGUGAAUCCACUUGAAGUGCAGUUGACGGUAUGCCACAAAAGUCCGAUCACCGAUCUUCUGUGCUGCGGAGAAUAUUUGAUUUCAUCAAGUCGGGAUGGUGUUAUCAAAGUGUGGAAAUAG